AACACAGUGGACUGUAUCACAUCGAUCUGACGGUCAAUCUGCUGAAUCUAAAUAUACUCUGGAGACUUGCAAUACUACUGCCCAGUCUUGUAAAAUGUCUAUGUGGAGCAUCAUCUUGUUUUUCAUCUGUGUGCAAGAUGUCGAUGCAGAUGGUACGGUGUCAGUGAUGGAGGGAGAUUCCGUCACUCUUCAUACAGGUCUUACUGCAAUACAGAGAGAGGAUACCAUACUGUGGCUUUUCGGACCUCCAGACACUCGUAUCGCUGACAUUUAUAAGCAGAUCAUUACUAUAUAUGAUGAGAGAUUCAGAGGCAUUCAACUGGACAUUACAACUGGAUCUCUUACCAUAAAGAACAUCAGAGGCUCAUACUCUGGACUUUAUAAACUAACUAUUUUCAGCCAACGAGGAGUCUCACACAAGGCAUUUCGAGUUACCGUCUAUGCACCCGUCACAACACCUGUCAUCAGUACAAACUCUCGGGUCACUGAGCAACAAACUCCAGCACAUCUGCCCAUUCCUGUCAUCUCUACAGACUCUUCUCAAUGUUCUUCAUCAUCUGAAAGUUCAUCUAAAUGUGUGUUGCUGUGUUCAGUGGUGAAUGUGACACAUGUGACUCUCUCCUGGUACAAAGGAAACAGUUUAUUGUCCUCCAUCAGUGUGUCUGAUCUCAACCGCAGUCUCUCUCUACCUCUGGAGGUGGAAUAUCAGGAGAACAACAUCUACAGCUGUGUGAUCAACAAUCCCAUCUGUAACCAGACUAAACAUCUCAACAUCACUGAAGUCUGUCAGCCGUGUUCAGACCCUAUGCAGUGUUAUGGUUUUACUGAAGCAGUGAUCCGAUUGGUCAUCUCUGCUCUGGUGGGUGUGGCUACUGUUGCUGUAUUGGUUGAGCACUUCAGAUCCAGACGAGUUCAACAGGAGAAGAAAGCAUAAACGUCAACUCUUCAAUGAUGCAAAGUCCAUUCUCACAAGGUGAUUGUUGUUGAACAACUGUCUCUUAAGCCACCUUUUCACUUGGACUGUUGUUUUUGUCUCCCUAGUGGCAGUCGUGAUGCAUUGACUUUUUGCUCGCAAUGGAUUUUGUUUACUGAAGAAGCUACCAGAGGUUUACCUAAGAAUGACAUUACUGUGUGUGAUUUUGUU